UAUAGUAUAUAAGCUUAGUAAUUGAUAAUAAUUAUACAUUUAUAUAUGAUAUGAGUGAGCGUAUAAACGCAACAGAAAAGCAAGUGUACAAAGAAGAGUGAAAGACCAUUCCUGCUUUCACUUUCACCUUUCAAUGCUAUCUCUCUAGCCUUUCUUCACAUUCACAGACAGAGCUUCACUGUUUCUUCUGUUUCUAGAGUGUAAUUUUUCCCUCAAAAUGGCUCUCUAACCUCUCUCUGCUUAUGUUUUUCAAUAACUUUUUUUUUUGAAAUUUUCAAAAAAAAAUUAUUUCUUGGUAUGAUUCUGUAGCUUCAUUUUUCCAUUAGUUGGAUUAAUCGAAGGUUUUUUUUUUUGGUUACAAAAAGGGAAAGCAUUUGGAUUUUGAUGCUUUGGGUUUCUUUGUUUUCUUCAUACUCCGGAAAAUACGAGAGAAUAUUAUAAACUUUUCUCUGAUAUGUUGUUUACUUAUUUGUUUAAAAGUUUUUGCAGGGAGAUGACAAGAGCUGUGACUAAUGCUGCUUUAAUCUCUGCGAAUUACUGCAGAAGAGAGAGGGAAUCACACUAACAUCAUUGGAUUUUCGUUCAUACGAUUUGUUGCAGAACCACUGAAUUUGGCUUGAAACUCUGCUCAACUUAGAGGUUAAACAUGAAUAUGAAUAGUCAAAUGGAGGUGCAUCACUUAGAUACAGGCUUUCCUUACACUGCUACUGAAAGCUUUAUGGACUUUUUUGAUGGUCCAACACAUGUUCCAGGGAAUUACCCUCACGCUGGACUGAUGCAUGAUCAGGAAAACUUAUACUGGUCAAUGAGUAUGAAUGCAUACAAAUUUGGGUUUUUUGGUCUGGAGAGUACUCCUUACAGUCCAUAUGAGGUAAAUGAUUUUUUGCCAAGAUCGGAUGUCAGCAGGAGGACUUGGGACUACCCGUCAAUGCUGAAUUCUGAAGAGCCUAUAACUUUAGAUGUGCAGCCUGGAGGAGAUGCAGUUGUGGGCGUGGAUGCUAUACCUGAAGAACGCAUUCCAAAUAAUCAAAGCAAUAGUAAUUCUCAGGUGGUUUGGCAGGAUAAUAUCAACCCAGAUAACAUGACCUAUGAGGAAUUGCUUGACUUAGGCGAGGCAGUUGGAAGUCAAAGUCGGGGUCUUUCCAAGGAGCUUAUUGAUUUGCUUCCUACCUCAAAAUGCAAGUUCGGAAGCUUCUUCUCAAGGAAAAAGUCUAGAGAGAGAUGUGUGAUAUGCCAGAUGAGGUACCAAAGAGGGGAACGGCAGAUGAAAUUGCCAUGCAAGCACAUCUACCACUCAGAAUGCAUCACCAAGUGGCUUAGCAUAAACAAGAUAUGCCCGGUUUGCAACAAUGAAGUGUUCGGCGAGGGAUCAAGGCAUUAAGACAUCAGAUUAGCUAGAUUUAGAGUAAACAUGGCUCGAAAUCUUUUUUUUUUUUUCUUCAAACUUUUGUAUACCUUUUAUUUAGCUGCAUUUGGUUCCUUUGUAUUAGACAAAAGCUGGUGAAGCUGUGAGUGAUCAAGGUUCCGUUAACUUUGAAUUAAAUUACUUAAAAUCAAAUUA